AUGACGUCCGCGUACGCCUCCCUAGCGCAGAAUGGCCCUGUCAAAGGUCUAUCAGCGUCAUCGAGCUCCCUGUCUCCCACGGUCACGGCUCUCAGCAGAUGGAGUGUCGCGAACAAACAGCUUCCAGCCGUUGAUGCCAUCAAAGCGCUUCACAUCUACGACUUCGACAAUACUCUUUUCAAAACCCCCCUACCGAACCCCACCCUAUGGAACGGACUGAGCAUCGGCACGCUAAGCAGUCAGGAUGUCAUCAUCAACGGAGGCUGGUGGCACGACUCGCGCAUUCUCGCGGCGACAGGUGAGGGCGUCGACGUGGAGGAGAAGCGCGCUUGGGAUGGUUGGUGGAACGAAAAGAUCGUCUCCCUUGUUCGCCUAAGCAACAAGCAAAAGGAUGCCCUUUGCGUGCUUUUGACAGGGAGAUCCGAACGCGGCUUCGCCGAACUCAUUAAGAAGAUGAUCAAUAGCAAGGGUCUCGAUUUCGACAUGGUCGGGCUCAAACCCGCCGUGAGCCCUACCAAUCAGCAGUUCACGAGCACCAUGCACUUCAAGCAGCUCUUCCUCGAGGCUAUGAUGGAGACGUAUAAGAACGCCGAAGAAAUCCGUAUCUACGAGGAUCGCCCCAAGCAUGUCAAGGGCUUCCGCGACUUCAUGGCCGAAUACAACCAGCGCCAGCAGAUCCCCCACAUGCGCGCGCGUGGUCCCAUCUCGGCCGAAGUUGUUCAGGUCGCCGACAUCUCCACCACGCUCGACCCCGUCGUCGAGGUGGCCGAGGUCCAGCACAUGAUCAACGCCCACAACGCGGCCGUCUCCCUACCCCAACAGAAAUCCCGGCCUUAUCACAUGCGCCCGCGCAGACUAAGGGUCAAGAAGACCGUUUUCUUCACCGGCUACAUGCUUGACAAGAAGGACACGGAGGUCCUGACCAAGCUGGCCAAAUCUCUGAUCCCCGCUGACAUACCUGGCCAUGAUCUCAAGUUCCACGCCAACAACAUCCUCAUCUGCCCGAGGCCGUGCCCCGCGUCCAUCCUCGAAAAGGUGGGCGGCAUGGGUGCCAAGAUGCGCUGGGAGGUCACCGGCACGUCCUGUUUUGAGAACUCGGUUUGGGCCGCAUGUUUGCGACCCGUGCCCGCGACAGCCAAGUUCCACACGGAUAACCCGCUACCUCUGGUCGUUCUUGCGCUGCGCAAAGGAGCUCGACCGAUUGACGCCGCCAAGAUACAAAACUGGGCGCCGGUAGCCCCGGAAAAUGCCCUCAGCUUCACCACGAAAGUCGGUGAAAAGGUGCUGCUCCGUAUCGAACCCGAGGAUCCCCGCGAGGACGAGUAUGAGUCACUCUUCGUCAACAAGUCCUCCAAGAGGAGACACGGCGAGGAUGGCGGACGUUUCGCCCGCCAUGCGCACGAUGGACAUCACCACCAACAGCAGCAGCAGCAGCAGCAGCAGCAGCACCAGCACCACCACCACCACCAACACCACCACCCUGGUUAUCGCGGCGGCCAGCGCUACCACUCGGCCCCUAGGGGGGGUCGCGGCCACUUCCGCGGCGGAGGUGGCGGAGCUAGAGGCGGCGGCAACUUCCGGGGUCCACGUGGCGGUGGCAGAGGUGGUAGGGGCGGCGGUGGUCGUGGCGGCGGCGGCCUCCACGGCUACCGGAGUCUAGACGACGUUGGUGGCGGUGGCGGUGGCGGAGGACCUUCAUCACAUGGCACCGCCGGCGGUACCGACUUGCAAAGCUACUAUUAA